UGUGACUGUGUGUGAUGUUCGUGUACUAUUUCAUCUCAUAAAAACCCCCGCCCCCCUUUUUCUCAAACUUGAUCUUGCUUUUUUGAGUUUUUUCUACCUUACUGCUUGAGGGUUUUUCUAUUUUGCUUCCAUUAUUUUUUACCAUUUGCAGAAAAGUUGAAAACGAAGAAGAAUGGGUAGGAAGCGGAAGAUUGUUGCUAAGAGCAGCGCCGCAGCUGUCGAGGCAAAAAGCUCAAAUCUUUAUCGCGGGAUAUCGUUGUCCGAUGAGAAAUUGCCGUCACAAACUCCUGUUUCUGAAAGGUUGGAUGAGGAUCCUUCUCCUGAUGUCCGCUACAAAAGCUUGUACUUUAGUUCACAGAAGAAGGUUCAUGAAAGGUUGGAUGAUGGCCCUUCUCCCGAUGUCCACUACAAAAACUUGUACUUCAACUCACAGAAGAAGCUUCAGGAGUUGAUGGAGGAGAACUAUGAGCUGGUCAGGAAGUUGGAGUUUGCUGAGGGACAAGUUGCAGCUUAUCAAAAGAUGAUUGGUGUUAUGGGUCCUGUAAAGGAAGUGAUGUUCGUGUCCAGAUUCGAAAAAUCGAUAAAAGACAAUGUGAGUUUGCUGCCUCAGGCGGCACAAAACUGUGUGCCUUCAACUCCUGCUGCUAACGCUAAUGAAGAACCGAAACAAAAGAAGAGAUCUUACAAGAAGAGGAAGGCCUGAAACUGAUAAAUGUGCUGUUUGAAUUAUUUGCGUUAAUAAUCAAUCUAACCAUGAAAUGUUUCCAUAUCCUAUGCCUUGGCCAGGCCUCUAUUUGGAAAAAGGUUGACCUUUUGGGACCUUUUGCUCUGCUAAUGACUUUGAUCAAACUUGUUUUGUUAGUUAAUGUCUGUUUUCAACUAUGAAGUGCUGCAUUUAUUGUUAUUAUAUCUUAUGGUAUUUUGGGAUUAUCAAUGUCAUUGUCCUGGAAUAUUAGUGGGUGCAAUUUGGAUUUUUA